AGUCUGAUACCGAGUUGUGCCUUCCUUAAACCCUAGUUCUUCAAAUGUUGUGAUUCACUGCUCAGUCCGCUCAACCCCAUCCAUGGCUUUAGCAAGAAACCUUCUCUCUCGCCGCUUCCAUUCCCUCCUGGAACCGCACAAUCUCGCUUUCGUCGACCACAUUGUCCAUUCAAACCCUCUUCGUUCCCGCAAAACCCCUCCUGUCCAUUCCAGACCUUUCGCCUCUUCUUCUCAAACCCUGGCAGAAUCAGCCCCAACGCAUGGCAUAAAGACGUUGCAUUUUCUCUUUCAGGAACCUUCAGAACGGAUAAUCGUUUACAGGAAGCUCGAAGGAAAAUCGAAACAAGGUGAAGCAGCGCGCUUAUCGGAGAAAACAGGGCACAAGGAAAGUGAAGUUGGACGCGUCGAGAAGAAGAAGUCGGAGAAGAAAUUGAAGAAAUCCAGGGAAUCGAAAGUAAAAUUUGUACAAGAAGAGGAGGAGGAGGUCGAAGAAAAAUCGAAACAAGGUAAAGCCGUGUGUCUGUCCGAGGAAACAGAGGAUAAGAAAAGUGAAGUUGGACAUGUAAAAGCAGAAAAGAAGAAGCGGAAAAAGAAGUUGAAGAAGCCCAUGAAAUGGAAAAUAAAAUUCAUAGAAGAAGAGGAGGUCGUUGAGUGGGAGCUCCAUGGAAAAUCGAAACAAAGUGAAGCCAUGAGUUUGUCGGAGGAAACGGAGCACGACAAAAGUGAAGUAGGACGCGUAAAAGACGAAAAGAAGAAGCCGAAGAUGAAAUUGAAGAAACCUGGGAAAGGGAACUUCAAAUUCAUAGAAGAGGAGGAGGAGGUCGUUAAGGGGGAGCAACCGAAGAAACCUGAGCCGAAGAGAUUGUUUGAAUUGUUUAGUCAAGGGGAGAAAUCGAACGAAGCUGAUCCGAAGAGAUUAAGUCCUGCAAUCGCUCCUGUUAAAGCGCAUAAGGAAGUGAAACAGAGGGAGCCAACUGGUUCGAAGAAGGUUUCGUUGGACAUGGAACUAUUCCUGUCUUAUUUUUACAAAGAAGGGUAUUUUAGAGAGACCAACUUUGUCAAGGGUAAAAAGUUUGAUCUUAGCUGGUUCGAUAAUGAUUAUGCCCGGAUUAUACAUUGUCUGCGGCGCAGAAGUUGGGCAAAGACAAGCAAGAAAUCUCCAAGUAAACUUGCUUCCAUGGAGCCUUUUGUUUACAUGAUGGCUGUCAGGAAGUGACUUGAAACAGGUGGCAAUGUUUUGCUGCCCCUCUACCAGCAGGUCACAAGUCUUUGCUUCUAAAAGAUGGCGAACCUAUGAAGCAUUGAUAUGGGUAAGAGUAUUGGAUAUGAUACAACAUGAUAUGCGGAUACGGCAAUUUUCAAAAAUUUUAGGAUAUGAGUACGGCUAUAUAAAUAAUUAAAUAUUAAAUAUUUAAAUACCCACAUAUUUUGAACAAGCUACUACCUUGUCUAAAAUUAGAAGCCAUUACCAAAUUAAUUUAUACUAAAAAAUUAUAAACAAUUUCUUGCAAUUUUAAUAUGAGAGGAGCUAAUAAAAAUUUAAAAUAAACAAAUAACAGUGUGUGUCUAUGUGAGCAAUUGAGCAUGCCAUGAUGUAAAUUAUUUAAAUAAUAAACAAUUUAUCUAAAUUAUCUAAAUUUUAGUUUGAGUCUCCAUAGUUCACUCAGUUUCAGAAAGCACAAUCAUUAGCACAAACAAGGCAAGUUUAUAGGCUGACUUUGUAAUAUGACUAGUUGAGCCACAAAAGAAAAGGAGGAUGGAAGAGAAGAGACAGACUGAAAGAGGAGGAGAAACAGAGCGACUGCAUGAUGCGAGUUAACUAGCUGAGCGAUGCAAGUUGACAGAGCCAUAAAGAAGGACUACUGGGCGAGCGAUGGUGACGAAGCCACAGGUCGGAGGGAAGGACAGUGGUAGUUUUAGGGUCACUGGGUGAGACCGUCAAAGACAAAGUGAUGAGAGCGACGCAACUCAGGUGAGACCGCAACGCGAGGGAUUUAGGAAUGAGAUAGUCGAUGAGGCAUGGCAUCUGAUUUUGAAAGAAAGAAAUUGCCAAAAAUGCUGUGUUUUAUGUCUUGCUCGUGUUUUCUCAUUCUCCCUUGUGUCCACCCAUUCUCACCCAUGUCUGAGCGUAUUGGUAAAAAAAAAAAAAAAAAAAAGGGAUGCACUGCAUCCACGUUCGGGACAUGUAUCUGUGUCGGAUAUGUGUUUGACAUGGACACGACGUCGUUUUUGGCGUGUUUGUGCUUCUUAGCUGCGAACCUAUUUUAAGAUUCCAGAGAACACUAUAAGACACAUCUUGUAUAGAUAUUUUUUGUAUAUUCCUUCUGGACUAUAAUAUAAGUUGUUUUUUAUAAGCUUUGCUUGGUCCAAAAUAUUGAGCAUUAGACAGGUGUUAUAUAUUUUUUUCAAUGAUAUUUUUAUUUUAUUGAGUAAUUAA